UAGAAGCCAACUUUCAUCAGAAACUCCCUUAGGGUGAAAAGCUGUCCUUAAAUUGAGUGAAAAGCCAUCUUCAUUGAAGUUUAUUCUAUAUUUCUGCAGCAGAACAUUCAAGAAAUGAAAGUAUAGAUGUAUCUAGAUUAAGGCCAUCAAACAAGUUGAAGAGAAACUGACCAAUCAGUGGAUUUAGUCGCAUUUGAAAUGAUAAUGUUGUGACAAGUUACUACUAUGUUCACGUGUGGGAUGUGAUGCUUACCUAAAUUCUUGAUGGAAUAUAUUUAUCAGAUUCCGAUCCUAGAAAGUGAAAAUAAAAAUAAAAAUUGGAUAAUUGUGUAUUACCAUAGGAUUAUAAAUGUUUGCAUCCGACACAUAUGUCCAUAUGCACAGUCAUUACGUGUUGGGUUCCUUAAGCAAUGAACUCGCAUGUCUUUCUAAAACUCGGAGUAGCAUAUAAGGCAAACUUGAAACAUAUCUUACCAAUAAUCAUAUUUAGUGUUGUAUUUUCUGGAAUAUUCACCAUGUCAAAUAGUGCUCCUAUAAACAGUGGACCUUUUAAUUUACCAAACGAUUUUUCUUUUCAUUCAAGUAGAAAUAUGUCUGACGUUUUAGUUCCAGGAGAUAAAGACACAAAAGAACAAACAUACUUAUUUUUACAUGCAAAUAACAAUAUGUGGUUAGAAAUUUUAGAAAAUGGAAUAGUGAAAGCUAACACUUGUCCAACUAUAUACGGUGCUUUAGAAAGUGGAAGUCAUUCCGUGAAAUUAACAUCUAAUGGUAACAUGAAAGAUGUAAAGGAAGUGGCGGACAAUGCCGCCGUGUAUCUAAGAGGUGUCGAAGCUGGAAAAUACUUGUGUGUGAGGAGAACUGGAGAGGUUUAUGCGUCUAAGGAAUAUGACGAAACAGAUUGCGCUUUUGUACAGAAACCGCAGUUUGAAACAAACGGCGGGAAAUAUCAUUAUUUCAAACAUCUAUAUUAUUCUAGUACAUAUAAAAGAGUAAGAAAAGGGAGAAUGAGAAACCAUAAAACAGUGCGUUUUCAAUUAGGAUUUAUGGAGAAUGGAACAGUGUUCGUUGUUCAAAGACACACACAAAGGAGAGACAAACACAAACCAAUGUUGAGUAUAAACAGAGCGAUUAAAGAAAUGCCAACAAACACUUCUUGUGCAACUCAAAUUAAUCCUCCAAAAAAACCAAAGUUACGGUUUAAAUUCUGUCGGAAAGUGUGGAGAAACUAUUUCAGGUCUUCUAUAAAGGAUAUAAGGCGAUUUAGAAAAUACAAUUGUUGGGACAAAUUACGAAAAAUGAGAAAACCAAAUCCAGAGAUUACAAGUGAUACUGGGUGAAGCUAUAUACAAUUUUUAUAGGUUUUUCAAAUUCUUGUCUCAAAACACAGAACGGUGCAAAACUACGUCCUCAGCGGCCAAAUAAUAUGCCGCCAUUGCAGAAAGAGGAAGCCGUGGUUGCGCAUGAGUUGAUAUUCCAGAGGAACCAUUUACAGUAUUUGUUAUUUAUUUGACACGAGUACAUUGACAGCGUCUCUAUUCUAUUAUCUGUGAUCAAACUAGCCUUAGUAUGUUACUCCAACAGUCUCAAUAUCAUCUUCAUGAUAUCUCAUUGUUUUUGUAAAUUGUUUACUCAUUUAUCAUCCGGGACAUUAUGGACAAUUCCUUUUUUGGAUAUUGUAAUAUUUAAAGAAACCAGUGCAAUAAAAUGACUGAAAUACAGGAAUACCAAGAUGAAGGGUUAAAUACCUGAACAGAAGUAUUAAUACUUCUAUAGACAAUUGGUUAGGUCAUUCUUGUGGAUGAUUUUUUUGAAUGAAAGUCUGAAUUCAGUAUAAUGAAAUUGUGCAUUCGUUUCAUGCAUAAACAUGUGCACGAUGUGAAUUACUAAGAAACAUUGAUACACUUAACAAAUGAUUGUAAAUAUAUUUAUAAACAGCAUUUGAUCAUAUACAUGACUUCCCUGUAAGGGUUUAUAAAGAUCUGAACUGUCCACUGAUUAACAGGGGAAAAUAAUUAACCAAUAUUUGACACAGCAUCUAUUUCUGAUGUCUAUCAACUGUGUUCUCUAUCUAACUGGGACCAAAUGCAAUACAUCAUUAUCUUUGUUUAACUUGUAUUUGCUUGUGUCAUUUCUUGUUAAAAAAAAAGUUUACCUCUUUUGACACAUGUAUUGUUUUUAACGCUUUUGAAAACUUUUCCGACAAAAUUCAAUGUCAAAAUGAGUCGGAACAAAAUAAUAUUUACUAAUUUGAAUAGAUGUCAUUAGCAUGGGACGAACAGACACUAUCCACAUGUCUCCGUUUAUAAUCAACUUCGAGAUGCUAUAUAAACUUUUGUACAUUCCAUAUCAGUUUCUGACUUCUCGUUGAUAUUGAUAAGCAUAUUUCUCCUAACUGUUGCUUUGUAUGACGUUGUCUUAAAGUUGCUUAGAAAGCAUUAUAUUCAAUUUUUGGUGCUAUAUGUCCGUGUAUAGAGUUAGAAACUUCAAUUUAUUUAUUUAUAUAAUUAAAAAGCCAGUGUCAGGUACAUGUAUCUGAGUACAGGCAGUUCUAUAAUACUCUCGUACACUUUGCUUGUUACGUUGAACAAAUUAACAAAACAAAUAUUUUUCGUUGACUAUUCAGGGACAUAAUUUUUGUAUAAUUUUGCCAUUCACUUUAUAAUAUUUCUUAUGUUGUCUUUCAUUAAACACGAAAGUCAUGUGA